GACUAGGAAAUAUACACUACGAUCUUCCAUUUUCAACCGUCACCUCCGAGUCUCCGCUGCAUGUUUUGCAUCUAAUCUGUGCUUGCAAUUCUUACAUGACCUGAGACCAAUCGCGAUCUUAACACGAUGUCUAUCGAUCUGACAUUGGACCGAGUCCGUUUACUGGCUUCUCAUCUACCCCAGUUCAAACGACUUACUUGCCAUAUCGCUGGCACCAAUGGGAAAGGAAGCGUAUCUUCCAUACUAUCGUCAAUCCUGCAUUCAGUUUUCACUGUGGGUCGUUACAAUAGCCCUCAUCUAGUCUCAAUCUAUGACUGCAUCACGAUCAACAAUAAACCUAUCAGCCCCGCUACAUACGCAGCUGCGAGAAAGGAAGUUGAAGAAGCAAAUGAUCGGUUUGAUACGAAAGCGAGCAGUUUCGAGCUGCUUACGCUGACAGCGCUGUUGAUUUUUGAACGUGCGAAGCUGGAUGUUGUGGUUAUUGAAGUAGGCCUGGGGGGACGCUUGGACGCAACGAAUAUUAUACCAGACGACGCUAUUCUCGUGUCGGCUUUAGCUAGUGUGGACCUGGACCACCAGGCAUUCUUGGGGAGCACUGUGGAGGCCAUCGCAAAGGAAAAAGCAGGCAUAGCAAGGAAGGAUAAACCCUUUGUUAUGGGCGUUCAAAAGCAUGCCGGGGUAGAGCAAGUCGUCAGGAGUACUGUGAGCGACGUGGGUGGUGAUUUUAUUUCAGGGCAAGCUGUGCAGACUCGACCAUGGGACGAAUCGAUCGACGGUCCUGAAUCGCGAACGUUCUCGCUAUCCGCUGAGCCUUUCAAAAAACCACCAGCGCAGCCGAUUUCAUUUAACAUUCCCGUUUACCUUAGUGACAUUCUCGCACUUUUCCCACUGCAUGGCAGACAUCAGCUCGACAACCUCGGUUUAGCGCUGUCUGUAGUUUCAACUAUACUCACGCAUCCAUCCUGCAGGAAGGCCAUAGCGUUUCAUAUUCGAUGCGAGUUCACUAUGGAUACUAUAGCUCGUGGGAUUGCAUCGACCAGUUGGCCUGGUAGACUUUCUUUUCAUACUAUAGGUCCUGGUGCAGUCUCUUCACACUUUCAGCAAAUCACACGUCCCUUGCAUACAUUAGUCGACGGAGCCCAUAAUCCCGCUUCAUCUGCGGCUCUAGGAUCCUACGUUUCAGAUCUCGUUUCUCUUGCGACACGCUCUCAGGCUGCAGAUUCGCAAACGCAAGCUGUGAUACGCUUGACCUACGUUCUCUCUCUAUCCGAUUCUCCCCCGAAGACACCGAAAGAAACUCUCACUCCAUUGUUUGAUAUCAAGCAUCCCGCUGGAUCAUCAUUACAGCUGAAUGUUGCAGUACUUCGGUUCACUCCACCGGAAGGAAUGCCGUGGGUUAAAUCAGUGUCUCCUGCACUGCUCCGAGAUACGAUCUGUGCUGUCGCUCCUGGCGUGGAAGUCUGGUGUGCAGGAGAUGACGAAGAUCCGCGAAGUGGGUCACUCGUUCGGGCGUUGGCAUGGGCAGCAGGUCGCGGGGAGGGGAACGAUGUGCAAGAGCUGGUCAUUGUAGCAGGGAGUCUUUAUCUUGUUGCAGAUUUCUACCGACUGUUAGGGGCGGGAACAACAGUGUAAAUAAUGGGUGUAUAGAAUGGGGUGUUCUGUAUACAAUGAUGUAUCAUGUACUUGUACCUGUCCUGAUGAGAUCCAGAGCAAUACGAUCCUGAGUGGUCCGGGUU